AUGGUCCUAGGCUUGGAUUGCUUUGGUUUUAUGGCGAGGAAGGCGUCGGAGUCAUCUAAGAAGCAAGAAGCUGGAGAUGCGAGGAAAAAGAAGGACGCAGCAGAAGAAGAAGCAUCACGGGAGGCCAGUGAGAAUAAGGAUGCGAAGGCUGUAGAGAAGAACAAGGAGGGGAGAGGCACAGGGGCGCCCCUUGUGAGGAAGGCGCCGGAGUCAUCUAAGCAACAAGAAGCUGAAGAUGCGAGGAAAAAGAAGGACGCCACUGAAGAAGCAGCAUCCCGGGAGGCCAGUGAGAAUAAGGGUGAGAAGGCUGUAAAGAAGAACAAGAAGGGGAGAGGAACAGCCCCCCCUCCCCCCUUGUGGUGCCUCACUUCCCUCACCGUGUUCCUCUCCCCUUGA